GGACCCACGCGCACUUGAAUCAGGCAUUAACAGCCAGCACCCAGCUCAACGUCACCAGCCACAGUCACACCAAAAGCAUGCUCAUCCCUCUGAGCAUCACUUUCUGAACACUGAAGACCGUCACGCCAAUGCCGUUCUGACGACAAAAAAAGUGAUCGGCGGCAACAUUCUUCUGCCAAAGCUACGGAAGAAGCAACGUCGAAUUGCAAGAGAGAACCCUGGCUUGAUAAAAGCCAUUACCUCAGCAAUGCGUCUCUCCAUAGCCGAGUGUCAGAAUCAACUUAAAGACCACCGGUGGAAUUGUCCGGUCAGCGACUGGAAGAAAGGCAAGAACGUCUUUGGCAAAAUCAUUCACACAGGUUGUCGAGAAACGGCAUUCGUUUACGCGUUGAACUCUGCCGCUGUUGCUCACUCUAUUGCUCGAGCUUGUAGUGAAGGUAUAAUAGAGACGUGCACCUGUGACAACACACCGCAGAAGGAUCAGAAACACGGCGAUGCUGACUGGCUUUGGGGUGGCUGCUCGGAUAAUAUCAAGUUUGGCUACAAGUACGCAAAGCAGUUUUUGGACGCCUCUGAAAAGGGACGCGACCAGCGAUUCAUCAUGAACCUGCACAAUAAUGAAGCUGGACGAUUG